CAUACACAAGAGCAGCAGCAGCAUCAUCUCGAGGCGUGUGUCAUUUCACAAUGAGCGCGUCACUGCAACUUUGGAUGGAGCGCGCGGUAGCAACAGAUGGAUGCGCAAAAGGACAACCUUUAACAACACGCGUGAUUUUAUAAAGUCAUACAUAUUUCCAUAGCAUAUCAUAACUGUUCCAAAGAAAAUAGUUCAGUAUGAGCGUAACAAACGUGACGCGUAAUUUAACGAAUCAGUUCGUCCAGCCGCCGUGGCGCGUCGCGGUCUGGUCGGUAGCCUACAGUUCGGUGCUGGCGGUCGCCGUGUUCGGAAACCUCAUUGUCAUUUGGAUCAUUUUGGCCCAUAAACGGAUGCGCACGGUGACGAACUAUUUCUUGCUCAACCUGGCUUUCUCCGACGCGUCGAUGGCCGCGUUCAACACGCUGAUCAACUUCAUUUACGCGGCGCACGGAGACUGGUACUUUGGAGAGGUUUACUGCAGGUUCCAUAACUUCUUCCCUGUUACAGCCGUGUUUGCCAGCAUUUACUCCAUGACCGCUAUUGCAGUCGACAGGUACAUGGCUAUAAUUCACCCGCUGAAGCCUCGGCUGUCAGCUACAGCGACUAAAGUGGUCAUUCUCUGUAUCUGGGCACUCGCUGUGAUUUUGGCUUUUCCGCUCUGUUUCUACUCAACCACAAAAACUAUGCCUCGCAGGACCGUCUGCUACGUCGCCUGGCCGAGAUCUGCUGAAGAUUCGUUCAUGUAUCAUAUCAUUGUUACAGUGUUGGUGUAUUUGCUCCCCCUGGUGGUCAUGGCCAUUACCUACACCAUAAUAGGAGUGACACUUUGGGGAGGAGAGAUCCCUGGAGAUUCAUCCGAUAACUACGCUGGACAACUGCGGGCCAAAAGAAAGGUGGUGAAGAUGAUGAUCGUGGUGGUGGUGACUUUCGCCCUCUGUUGGUUGCCGUAUCACGUCUAUUUCAUCGUGACCGGAAUAAACAAGCAGUUGAACAAGUGGAAGUCGAUCCAGCAGGUCUAUCUUUCUAUUCUGUGGUUGGCUAUGAGCUCCACGAUGUACAACCCAAUCAUUUACUGCUGCUUAAACAACAGGUUUAGGGCGGGCUUCAAACGGGCCUUCAGGUGGUGUCCCUUCAUCCAGGUAUCGAGCUAUGAUGAACUGGAGCUCCGCCCCACACGUCUCCACCCAAGAAACCAGAGCAGCAUGUGCACAUUGUCACGGAUCGACACCAGCGUUCACGGCGAUGACCCGUGCCACAGCAAUCGAAAAAGUGCAAAGUCCCAGAGUCACAUUGAGGUCAAAGAUGAAAACGCUAAAUACGGUCUUCACAAAGAGCCGACGUUUGCAGCCGUGCAGCUCAACUGAGUCGUGGCGUAGUGGUUACAGAGUCAGGCUUGCAAAGUGAAGGUUGCUGGUUCGACUCGACGAAGACGAAUGUGGGUAGUAUGGGUUACCAUCCAUUGGCCAUUACAUCACUUUUAUACUUCACUCGAGGCUGUGUCUGAAAUCACCUUCUACAGCCUUAUUCAAUAUUCCUUGUAAAUAAUAUGAGAGUAUAGGGAUCAAUUUCAAACACAGUUCUGGGGUUGGUGUUUAAUUUGAAGCUGCCCAAAUUCCAAUACAGACUUUCUGAAGUUUGGAUUUCUGAAUGUAUUAAAGUUUUACAGAAGACUACAUGCAGACUGUACUGCCUCCAAGUGGACAACAUUGAAACUUUGAUUGAGACUAUAACUAUGACGAGAACACAAAUGUAGCUUUGUGCACUGUUUUUAUUAAUGCUUAUCAUUUAGGCUUUAAAUGAGACUUCAGCAUUAUACAUUGGUAAACGUUUCAACAAGUAGCCUACUAGAGUUGUCACAUGACCUCACUAUGUUUUUCAGACUACUUUGACUACUUUUGACUGAAUGUAAUAUAUGACCCAUUAAACACAUGAGCCAUCUUUUAUUGUUCACAGUUAAAAUUGUAAUAUUGGGCUGUUGAACGAAUCAAUGUCUUAAUAUUGUCAGUAAAAAGGAAAAACGAAUAAAUGGAAGUAAAGUGGUUAGCAUAGAGUGAUAUAAGUAUUUCAAUAAGGUAUGUUUUGAUGUCUUGUUGAUAUUUGAUGUAUCAAUACAAUACAAUACAAUAUGUAUGACAAUAUAAGGUAGUUAUUUGUAAUGAUGAACAUCGGUGUCAAUGUACUUUUGAUUCUUGUUUCCAUCUAAGACAGCAGACGACUCCGGGCCGGAUCUGCUCCAAAAUGGCUGACUUUCACUUACGUAAAUUAACCAUGUUUUUUUUGGUAAAGUGUAUUUUUCUGUAUUUUCUUCUGCUUUUAUUAAUGUAAAGCUGCUUUGAAACAAUUAAACAAUUGUGAAAAGUGCUAUAUAAAUAAAAUUGAAUUGACUAGC